AUGCAUCCGCUUUAUGUUGUUGGCGUCAGCGGGUGGGCGCGCGCGCGUUGGCAUCGCUGGCGGGUGAGGUGCGCGCGCGACUGCAAGCGAUCGCCGCCGCCGGAGGAUGCGCAGGCCCGCAGUGCCAUCACGCCGCGCGGUUCGAACGCGCGCACAAUGCUCAACAUGAAGCUGAAGGAACGCCUUGCGCUGGCUCUUAGCGCAUUCCUGAUACUCUUCACCCUAAUGCUAAUAGUUGACCUGCAAAUGGACUAUGGUAUUUCGGGCCACCGGGUGCCGCUGCAUGGAAGAGUCAAGAUUGGUGAUGAUAGUGAUAAAGGACAUUCGGCAUAUAUUGAGUUUCGGAAGCGGUUCCUUCAUAGAAGUAAUGGCAGCAACAGCUCUAGGGAAUUUGAGCAGUCAGCGCCUAGUGAAACAAGUGGUUUGGAUGCGGAACCCAAGACGCCGACACCACCGGCAGACCGCUUCGAAGAUCUUCAGAGGAUACUCAUACAGCAGCUUAAGGGGAAAGCUGAUGACAACAUGGUUGUGAUCCCGCCCCAUAAGGACCUGAAUGUCCUUAGGCCAGAAAAUCCUACGAUUGGGGAAAUGGAGGACUUGGAACCUAGAUAUUGUAGAAUAGCUCAAAUUAGUGCAAUUGUUUUACUUGUGGAGUUUAAACAAUUCUUGCGAUAUACAAUCGUUCAGUGGUUUACUUCUGGUUCUAAAGUUCGGAACCCAGAGACUACUAAGCUGUUCAGUACGAACAUGAUUGCGUUGGCCGCUGUAGAAAUCACAAUCGCGGACACGGAAUUCUAA